GAGGGGGUGGUGGGCCAUGGCCAGCGUGCAGCAGGGCGAGAAGCAGCUUUUCGAGAAGUUCUGGCGAGGAACCUUCAAAGCUGUGGCCACGCCGCGACCCGAGAGCAUCAUCGUGGCCAGCAUCACGGCCCGCAAGCCGCUGCCCAGUGGGACGCUCAGCUGCCUGUCGUACCCUGCGGAGGAUAGACGUCCCGAAAAGCUGAGUGGUCGUGCAGUCAAGGAGAGCUCCACCACCAAUGGCUGUGCAAAAGGGAAGGAGAGACGAGACCAUGGUCACCGCAGGUCACGCAGCCCCUCGUGCGAUGGGGAGAGUGCGCCGCUGCCAGCCCGGGGGAAGAAGAAGAAGAAGAAAUCCGGCCGCAAGAAGCGAAGGAGGUCUCCCUCCUACAGCCCCUCGCCUGUGAAGAAGAAGAAGAAGAAAAGCUCCAAGAAGCGAAAAAGAAACAGGCUAUCUUCAAAGAAAAGAAGACACAGUUCUUCAAGCCCCAAAAGUAAGAGAAAGGAAGAAAGAAAACACAAAAAACACUCUCGUGGGCGCGCCCGGAAAUCUCAUCGCCAUCGCCACCGCCACUGCCACUCUCGCUCAGAGAGCUCCGACUCCCAUUCCCCCAGCUGCCGAAGCAGGCACAGAGCCAGGUCUCGGGAGGAAGGGCGUAAAACACGGCGAAGACACUCCCGGCACCAUUCAAGGAUCACGGCAAAGCGAAGCUCCUCUGCAGAGGUUCAGGCCAGCCAAAAAGCCAGCCAAACCCUCCCGCUCUACAGCUUCCUGUCUCCUAAGGAAGUAAUCUCUCAGUCAGGGUCUUCUGCUGACCUCUUUACCAAAACAGACAGCCCGCCUGGCAACCUAGCCAGCCAGAACGGAGAGUAUCAUGAAUAUGACUCAGGAAACGAUACUUCCUCCCCUCCCUCCACUCAAACGAGCUCAUCCAGGUCAAAGGACAGCCAGGAGAAAAGAAGUCUAGUCCAUGAUGGCUUUGGCCAUGCCUUCUCGUCCGGGAAGCCCAAACUGGCCAACAGCGAUAACAGCUCUGAUUCAGGAAAUUCCUUCACCAGUUGCUUUUCCCAGACCAAGGGAACAGCUUUGGAAAAUCUGUCUCCAGAUGCCCAGGGACAAGACCGAAGAGGGUGCCUGUCCUUAUGUCUCAGCUGUUCGGAGGAGAAGCAAAACUUCCUCCCGUCCCCAACCCACAGCUCCCCGCUGAGGCCAUGCUCCCGCAGUGAGUCGUACACCAGCACGGGCAGAUCAUCCCCUGGCUCCAGUCGCUCCAGCCGCUCCCGCUCCUCACACCACAAGGCCUCUCCCAGGUACUCCCGAAGCAGGUCCUGCUCUUCAGAAAAGAGGUCUUCUUCACGUUCCCCCAGUUAUUCCUCCAAAUCCUGCAAAAAAAGUCCUGGGAGCAGGAGUUCAAGGCCUCGUCGGAGCCCCAGUUACUCCCGCUACAGCCCUAGCAGAGACCGUGAGCGAGAGCACAAGUAUGGCUCCACCGAGAAGGAGUCGCACAGGGAGCGUGACCGGCAGCGGCGGCGGCGGUCCUAUUCACCCCUGAGGAAACGCAGGAGAGACUCUCCCAGCCACCUCGAAGCGCGACGCAUCACGAGUGCCCGCAAACGCCCCAUCCCCUACUACCGUCCCAGUCCCUCCUCCUCCAGCAGCGCCAGCAGCUAUUCCUCCUGGUACAGCAGCUUUAGCCGCUCCCCAAGCCGGAGCCGGAGCUACUCCAGCUACCGGACGAGCCGGAGCCGAAGCUGGAGCAGCAGCAGUGCCGAGGGCAGGAGCCGCAGCCGGAGUUCAGGCCCCAGGAGCAGCCGCAGCAGGAGCAGGAGCUAUGACUCAGGAGGCAGCUCCGACAGCCUGCAUCGUUAGGGAGUGCCACCGACGGUUCACGUGCCGGCGUCACCUCCGGAUUCCUGGCAUUCUCCGCUUCCUUCCCACCUACCUGGCCAUCGAUAGCAAUCAUCCCCGAUACUGAUGUGGUGGCAGAGCCAGGUCCCCCUUCCCCGGUUCGGAGUAAGAGCCUUCGUGCACCCGGUGCAGCCCCUUUGCCACCUUGCGGAGUGGGUGGAUCAGUCCCAGCUCCCCUGGCCAGGGCUGGAAGAAGGGUCAGUGCUUUACAGAGGGUCUGUCACGACAGAUCUGCUCCAUCCUCCCCGACGUCCCCCCGUCUCCCCAUCUCUGCUGCUCUCCAAAGCAUUACCAGCUGGUCCAAAGGAAAGUAUUCAGCUCCUUGCUCUUCUGCCAAACCAGGAACCAGCAAAUUAAUUUCUGUUGGAGGGAGAGACCCAGUUAGGGAGGAAUUUGCUGGGAAGCUUUGGUGAUGAGUAGGGGUGACCUGUCCCCAUAAAGGCAAAUAUCAGGUCCCUUGGGUCUCUCCUCCAGAGUUUCUGCCCACUCGGCAGCAGGCCUUUUCCAUGAGAGAAUAUUUAUUUAUUGCCGGUCAGCCAGUCCCUGCUACAAAUAGAAGGCUAGAAAUCCCUCCUGAUGUAAUUCCUAGGGAAAAAAAGGCCAUUCCCUCUCUUUCUCCUGCCCUUUCCUACCAGGUAUGCAUCAUCUUUCACAGGGUUGUUUUAUCCCCCUCCAGCACUGUGACUUGCUUGCAAACAAACUGCUGAGGUCUGAAGCGGACGUGGGGCCGGUGGGGUACAAGGGAGAAGGGAGCUGCUGUCACACUGUGCUCCGAGGGCCAGGCCACGGUGUGGGAGAUAGGGGUCAUGGGGUUCCCUUCUCAGACGAACCUUCUUGCAGUUUGGGUUUAAGUUUUUCUAAAGGGAGCCUUGCCCUUGGAGUGCAAUUCUGGUGGGCCUGGUAAGGAGAUACGGAGAUAGCCUAGCUGUGGGGUGUAGUGAGAGCACGCAGGGUUAAAAGGGCAUCGCGUGAGCCAGGGGACCCCAAUUCCUCUUCCUUAUAACAGGCAGCAAUUCCAAGCAAUGCCGGGAGGAUUUCAGGAAAUCGCUUCUCGCCCUGUCACAGAGCCUGUGCAGGGUUGCAGCGGGAUGCGCUCACACCCCAGUUUGUUGCUGGGAGGACAGAGCAGUGCAGGGGGACAGAAAGGGCCCCCCGCUAAUUGCCUGUUUUUCCAAGGAGCCUCAGGCAGCGGCAGGAGGGCCCUGCCUGCCUGGGCGGCCCCGGGCCCUGGGGUUUUGUCUCCCUGCCAGGCCUGCCAGCCCAGCUGCCUGAGCAAUUACUGUGUUUUGCAGGGUAACAAAGGCUUCUCCCAGCACAGGCUGAGCUGGUGCUGAGGAGUUUCUUUCUCUUACAACACCUGGGUGCUUAGAGACGCUAAUUUGGGUUUAAGACUUCCCUCCCUCCCUUUUUCCAUCCCCUCCCCUUCCAUCCUGCAUGAUUAUUAACGAGUUUGGGCUUAAUGAGUCAAGGAGGUGUGUCAUUUAAGUGUCACAGAAAAGGGCUAAGUGGAGCCAGCAUCUGCUGGAGGAGGAGAGGGGGUAGAAAGAAAUGCAACUCCCCCCCCCCCCCAGCUAAAGAGUUACCUACAGCCCCCCAGUCCCGCUGGCAGCAGGUAAAGGGUCAAAGUCGCAGGUUGAGGAAGGCCAAGUGCCAUGUUGUGUUCUGAUGGAGCUGGCUGACUGCCUUAGCAAGCAUAUAAACCUAUUAUCUGUUGGAAAGCACAGCAGCGUGGGGUGUCCCUUUUUCCCAGCAUCCUUGCUACCGCUGGUCCCCCUUGUCCUGUGCCUUCAACCCCCAAAGCCCCCCUUUUGCCCAGUCCCUCAUCCCCCGCCUUGCUCCCUGCAGGUAAUUUGAGGAUGGGGGUGGCGGAGGCAGAGAGCUGGGCACUGGUAUGGUCAGUGGCUUGGUGGGGACAUGUGUCCAUCUCCUAGGAGGCCACUUUCUAGGACAUAGAGAAAAGCGUUCCUGGUAGGGCUGAGCAAACGCUCUAGGGCUGUGGUUGAGGGAUCAGAGACAGGAUGUUCUUGCAGUGGGGUGACACUGCCUACCCUCCUGCGCUGGCCCUGACAGCGGCCCCUUGGCCAUCUUCUGCAGUGAACUCCCUUCUCCUAAAGGGCUGAAAACCUCAUGCUUCUUCCCCAAAGAGUCUCUCCCAGUUUGACGCUGAAACACCCCAUCCUUCUGCUCCCCGGGAAGAUCCGAAGGCAGUGAUGGGAGCCCAAACCCCAGAUCUACUGGUGUUUCAAGAGUAGCCUCAUGCCGCUUAACACCCCCUAACACGCACGUGCAUCUGUAACAAGGAAGCAGCGAGCCAGGAGGUCAAAAACUAGGGAAGAAAAGUAGAGGGGCUUUGUGCGACUGGUGUAAAUAUCAAACACAACACUGACUUGAGUUCCUCGUGGCUGGGGACGCAUGAUCGAAGCACCACAUCAGGGUCAGCAGCACCCACCGACUGUGGGACAGGAGAUGACUCCGAGGGUUGCACGGGGCUGACAGCAGCUCUCGUACCCAUCCGGCUGAUCCGUGCUUCAAGGACUGCCUCCGCUUGUACAGUCCGUGGCAGCUAAACGCUCCUGGGGUUUCCCAAGCAGACUUACGUUGGAGUAAACCUCUUAAAUUAUUUAUUUAUUUAUUUAUUAUUAUUAUAUUUUUAAUUGUAUGUCAGAAUGGAUGCAGGUGGUCACCAUUACCAGUAUUUAUUUAUUCCUUUUUUUUUUUUUAACAGUAAGUUAUUUUUGGAUCUAUGUGUUUGUUUGAAUGUAUCCAUGCCACUGUUCUCAUGUAAAGAUUUACAGCGCUGGCCCCUCUCGUUGAGGUGGCUGGAGGAGUGACGGUCACUCCUGCUGCCAAUGCGUCCCUUCGUCUGCACUCUCCGGAGCAGGGCGGAGAGCGUGUGACGGGCAGAGGGAUGCAGGGCAGAGCUGUUUAUCUGUUUUCAUGUUAAAAGCUAGGGUUUCCUCAUUAGAUUUGUGCAGGAACGCGAUGGAUGUGACCACAGGAACGGGUCUAGGACCUCACGGAGGUGACGGCAAGGGUCUGCUCGCUGGCCGGCUGAGUGACGGGGUGUUUGCAGUGCUGCAAGGGGAAGUCUCGCCCCGGUUCGUGCUCGCGCCGGCUGGGUGCCAGCUGGCCGCCACCGCUGUUUCCUUUGGCUCCGCAGCCAGCGCACAACCCGAAACCGAGCUGCUCUGCACAGGCACCGCUGGUUUUCCUGGGAGGAUGCCGUCGCUAGGACUCCCCUGCCGUGUUUAUCGCUGCACAAUGACCCACCCAUGGAAAAACUAAAGAAAUGAGACCGUGAGAGAGUGAUCCAUGCUGAAGAUGCUUGCAAAAUCCAGCCUCUGGUGACAGGACCUAACCAAUUCUGUGUGUGUAUGUGUGCGUAUAUGUGCGUGUAUAUGUGCAUAUACAUAGGAGUUUCCCUCAGUGGUGGUAUUUAUUUUUUAACUUAUUUAAGAUUUUUAGCACAACCUGGAACGUCACCCUCCCUGUCAGUGGACGACUGGGUUUUCUGUCGGUUUGCAUAAAGCUCAUGAGCUUUUCUGUCUCUGUGCCUUUUGCCAGCACUUUUUUUUUUUUUUUUUUUUUAAUGUUGUUUUGCUCAUUCAUUGCUUUUACGGAUUUUUUGCUCUGCGUCCAGCAUCUCAGAUUGCUGCUGGCGCUUUCUGCAAAGAGCAGUGUUCACCUGGUGGAAAGGCAACUCGGUCAUUUUGGUGUUGGUGAAUCACUGCUUGCCUGCGGUCAGCCGCACGAGGGAUGCCCAGGGCUGGCUGCAGCCUCAAGGCUUCAGGAAAAUAUCUCGGCCAUUUUUUGGAGGCCCUAUCUCAGAGGGGUUUGCUUUCCUCAAGCACAGAGGCUCUUUCUCACCCACGAUUUUGUUUCCAUCCUGCACAUGCCCCAGUUGCCCUUCCCCGGCAGAGCACGCGUCGCAGCACCCGCUCCCAAAUGUCCCCCUGACCCCAGACUCAUGCUGUUGGCUCUCCCCGCUCCCUGGACCUGCCUUGGCUCGGGGUUUGUCACACUGAGUGAGGCUCGUCCCACCUCUCCCAACCCCAGGGCUGGAGCCAGGCUCCAGAAAACCCAAGACAAUCUCUGCAGGUUUGCUGGAAAGCAAAGAUAAGGGAUAUUUCAAAACACUGUUGUGUUCUUUCUUUUCUUCAUGGGUUACAGCGCUCAGCUGAGCUUUGCUUUAUGUUGACUGCAACUUUUCUCAAUGUUUUUGUUGUUUGGGGGGAUUGAAUUUGUACCAAACUUGUCUGCAACAGCCAAUCACUGUUAUUUUGCUAUGCAUUGUACAUAUAUUGAACAGGCUGAGAGGACUUGGCCUCUAUUUAAUAUUUAUUUCUUCUAUUUAUUGAGCAUAAAUUUAUAAAAAGCUAUUUGGGUCUUGCCAUUGGGUCCAUGAAGGUAGGAGCCUUUGAGGUGUUGCCAUAUACACUGGAGAGAGGUUAUCAGAGAGGUGAAUUACUGAGGCUGUCACCUGCUGGCAUGGAGGCAUCUGGCAGACAAAUUGGGCUCGUUUGUAGUUCAACCACCAGUGAUUUAGGGAGGAACCUCAUUUAGAUGGAGAUGAGCCAGGCAGGGGGAAAAUACUCCAUCUUCUUGGGCCAGCUUCUAUUGAGAAAUCACGACCCCCUGGAAAGGUGCUGGGCGUUCAGAGGUGACAGGCCAGCUGUGGCGGAGGAAUAACCCUGCUCUUCCUCCUCCGUGCCGCGUAGGGCUGCUUGGAUCGCCAAAGAUCCCUGGAGAUCUCUGAUCUCCCACCACUGACCCCCUCUUGGCUCUCCAGGUUAUUGGGGGAAGGGGGUCUUGUCGCCCUUUCGUCGAUGUGAGGAAGGGGAUAGGGUUGAAGUGAUUUGCCGUGGUAUCUACCAGGAAGCAAGGAUGUCCACCCAGCCCCAUCCUGAGACACUUGUCCUCACGCCAUGUCCUACUUUUCCCCCUUCCUUUAGCUUUGUGCCAGAACCAGUAGCUUUGCCCGGACGUGAGCUCGGGAAAGGUGGCCAGGACAGGAGUGGGAAUGUCUCUCCUGUCGUCUCCAACACGAGCCAGAGCUUGCUGCAAGCAUCCCUCCCCUAGCUUUGAAAAAAGCAUGGGAUGUGCUAAAAAUCACAGCCUGCCCCAGUGUGGCUCCACCAACGCUGCAGCCGUUGUCCUCUUCACCCGAGUGGGAGGCGUUCGCGCUCCGUGGGCAGAGCUGCCUGGGCUGGCCGAGGGUGGAUACGGCUCCGUCAUCGCCAGGCGAGCGCCCAGCGCUGGGUUAUUCCCACGGAGCUGGCCAGGAGCUGCAGGGCACUCAGCCUUGGGCUAUCAGGAUAUUUGAGAACGAGGCAGAUUCAGGUGCCUACGUGAAGACUUUGCCCUUUAGUGUCCCGUGGGGUUUUAUUACCUCUGUACUAGAGAAUAAAUAAUUCUCAUGACUUUUGCUGCUACCUGGAAGUUUGCACAUGACCGGGAGCGUCUCCGAAGCACUGGUACAUCCGCUCUUGUGGCAACAGCUUCAUGGUCAAGCAUCCCGACUUUUGGGCUAUUGCCUAGAGAACAACACCCUGAACCUCACCGGCCCCAGGGCAGCUCUCUGCCUUCAAAACCCAGGGAAUGAGAAGAUUUAGAACAAAAGCCAAGACGUAAGAAAAGCCGCGAGGGAAACGGUGUCUCUUGUUUUCUCGCCUGUUGGUCGAUUCCUUACCAAAUGACUCUGGCGCAUCUGUUCGUUUGACUUUGUUGUAAAACUCCCUUUGCUCUCCAUCGAAAUGCAUACUGUAUUCUUUAGUCUUCCUGGGGUAUUUGAGUUGUUAGCCUGGUUAGAAAAAGGGUUCCAAUAAAGGUUCAGACAGUA